CCGCCCCCGGAGCGCGAUGACGCCGCGGAGCUCCGCCUGCUUUCGGUUUCGGUUCAGGUCCGAGGAUCCCGGCGGGGGGGGCGGCCCGGGGGCUGCGGUGCGGUGCGGUGCGGCUCUGCCGGGGCUCCUUCUCCCAGCGCAGCUCGGCACGGCGUGCGGCCCCGCUUUCGUUUCCCGACCUCUCUCCCUCCGGUGCUCCGUUCCCCAGCCGGGACGCGGCGAUGGAGCUCCACGGGUGCACCUGGUGCAGCAGCACUUGGAGAAGGAGUUCCACGUCCUGCGCGAUGCCUUCAAAGUGACAGCGGUCAGCGGGGACAGCAGCCACAAAUGCUUCUUUGGGCAGCUGGCGAAGGGCAGCGAUGUGGUCAUCUGCACAGCACAGAUCCUGCAGAACGCACUGCUCAGCGGGGAGGAGGAGGCGCGCGUGGAGCUGACGGAUUUCUCCCUGCUGGUGAUAGAUGAGUGCCACCACACUCAAAAGGAAGCUGUCUACAACAAAAUCAUGCUGAGUUACCUCCAGAAGAAGCUCAGCGGGCAGCGGGACCUGCCGCAGAUCCUGGGCCUGACGGCAUCCCCCGGCACUGGGGGGGAAACGUCCUUUGAAGGGGCUGUGGAGCACAUCCUGCAGAUCUGUGCCAACUUGGACACCGAGGUGAUCGCAUCAGCACAGGAGCACGCACAGCACCUGCAGAGCCACGUGCCCCAGCCCACGAAGCAGUACGACCUGUGCCAGGAGAGGGAGCAGGACCCCUUUGGCCAACGGCUGAAGAAGAUCAUGGCACAGAUCCAGGAGCACAUGGAGAUGCCUGAGCUGCCGCAGAACUUCGGCACGCAGGUGUAUGAGCAGCGCAUCGUGGAGCUGGAGAACAGAGCGGCGGAGAGGUUUUGUCGCAAGACGCGGGUGUGCGCCCUGCACCUGCGCAGGUACAAUGAUGCACUGCUGAUCAACGACACCGUGCGCAUGAUGGACGCCUUCCAGUGCCUGCAGCACUUCUAUGCUGAUAAGAGGGAUACAAAGGACCCCACUGAGCGCUUCCUGGCCACCACCUUUGAGGAGAACAGGGCCACGCUGCAGGCGCUGGCUGGAGACCAGCGCUAUGAGAACCCCCGGCUGAGCAAACUGGAGGAGAUCCUGCAGGAGCACUUCCAGCCCCCGGGGUCAUCUCGCGGCAUUGUCUUCACCAAGACCCGGCAGAGCGCACACAGCCUGCUCAGCUGGCUGCAGGACACAGCUGGGCUGUGUGGGCAGCACAUCAGGGCAGCUGUGCUCACCGGUAGCGGCCACAGCAACCAGGCCAAGGGCAUGACCCAGAAUGAGCAGCAGGACGUGAUCACACUGUUCCGCUACGGAGAGCUCAACCUGCUCUUUUCCACCAGCGUGGCCGAGGAGGGCCUGGACAUCCCUGAGUGCAACAUUGUGGUGCGCUACGGGCUGAUGACCAACGAGAUUGCCAUGGUGCAGGCCCGGGGUCGUGCCCGUGCCCAGAACAGUAUGUACUCUGUCCUCGCCAAAGCCAACAGCCGGGAGGUGUACCGAGAGCAGCUCAAUGAGAGCCUGGUGGGGCUCAUGGAGAGGGCCAUCAGAGCAGUGCAAGCCAUGCCUGAGCGGGAGUACCGCCUGAAGAUCGUGGAGUUGCAGAGAAAUGCUGUUCUCAGCUGGCAAGUGAAGGAAGCCAGGAGCAGCGAGAGGCGGCAGCUGCACGACCCGGAUGAUGUUUACUUCCACUGUGUCAACUGCAAUGUGGCCGUGUGCCGCGGCAGCGACAUCCGCACGGUGGAGGCCAUGCACCAUGUGAACAUCAACCCCAACUUCAGGUUUUAUUAUACAGUCUCAUCUGGGAAAAUACACUUUGAGCGGACGUUCAGGGACUGGGAGCCCGGGUGCCGCAUUGUGUGCAGUGAGUGCAGGCAGGAGUGGGGAAUGGAGAUGAUCUACCGGAACGUGACGUUGCCCAUCCUCAGCAUCAAAAACUUUGUGGUGGUGACCCCGGAUGAGAAGAAGAAGUACAAGAAGUGGAGCACAGUGACGUUCCCCAUCGAGGAGUUCAGCUACCUGGAGUACUGCUCCAGCGCUCAGGACGAGUCCCUGUAGUGCCGACUCACUCAGGGCUGCUCCCGGGCCACACCUGAGGCUGGGGAACCUUUCCAUCACCUUUGACACAGGACGUUGCUUCGUGCCCGUGCAGGCGGGCUGCACCUCUCUGCAGACGCAUCACAGCCUGUCUGCACUUUGCUGUGUGCAAUCCUGCUGGAGUGACUGCGGAACUCUGCUAAAGGACGUGCGGUAUCGGGCUGGGACAGCCCCGCGCCCCCGCUGCCGGGCAGCUGCUGCCGUCCCCGCCGUGCCGGGGCUGCUCCCGCGGCGCUGCAUCCACACAGCGAACCGACGGCCCCGCGGUGCGAUCCGGAGCGCGUCCGCUUUAUGAAGUCGGGCAUCCUGCGUGGUAAACGCGCGCGGUGGGUACCUGGAAAGCGCUGUGCGGUCUCUUCCAUCGUGCGAGCCGGCUCGGGGCAAAGAACGCGUUGCCCUAUUCGUGUUCCCGUCCCGCUCCUCUCCGUCCCUCCUCGCUCUGCUCUCCCGUCGGCGGUCGCUAGAGGGAAGCGCACUCCCGUCCCGCUGCGGGCGCUGUGUGGGGCUGCCCCGGGGGUUCGGCUCCGUUCGGAAGCAGCGGCCGCCGUGGGGCUCAGCCCAAAUUCAGGCGGGGGGUCUCUGGGGGGCAGUGCGAAGCCGCGCUCCCGCUCCAGAAACCGGGUAACGAGGCCGCGUGAGUUAUUUGCGGCUCUCUGUGGGCUGCGGUGCCCUCUGCCCAAGAUAAGGCCCCUCUGCGGGGACCCCAGAUCAUUUUGCUAAGCUCUAAUUGUCCUGAUUCGUGCUUGGAGAAUCCAGGCUGCGAGUUAACCUGAUGGUGCCUGCAGCACUCACCUCUCAGUCUGCACGGAGCCAGCUGUUCCCUUGUCCUCUUUGCUCCCUCAAACCAAAGUUUGUGCAGUGUUGCUCAAAGCUUCCCCAUCUUUAGAGGUGCAGCAGACCCCAUGGGAUACGGGACCAGGAGAGCACUGUGAUGUGGGGCUGUGUGGGGUUUGGAAGCAGCUCAUGGUCUGCAUCCAACCUCUGCUCCUUCCUCCCAUCCCUGCUUUACCCCCAGCCCCAUCUGGCUGCCCCUUCCCUGGAGCUCGGGCACCUUGGGUGCAGUGGCAGAGAGCAGCCAAGCUACGGUGACUGCUGCUGUGACCUUGGCUGGUGUCCUUCAGAGCCACUGUCCUUCAGAGGGAGAAGUCUGUACCUCCCCAGCAGCUCUGCCCUACAUCCUCCUGGUGCCGGGGCCGCCACCUCCGGGGCUGCAUCCUCAGUGCAGGGCAGGGGCUUCUCCCCUCCCAUCAGCAGUUCAGGUCACUCCCAUACAUGUGGUCUGCAGCAUACUCGUGCUCUGACCUCAGAGCUACAGGGAUGCAGGGGCUGAGGGUCCCCAUUCCCCAGGUUCACAUCCUCCUCUCCCCCCUUCCUCAUGCAGCUCAGGGCUGGGCAGGUUUCUCCUGUGAUUAAAACAGACUGAGAGCCCCACUUCAUCACUACAAUUGCCCUGUCAAUAUGCAGGCAUUAGCGAGGGCUGCUGGACCAGUCCUUGUGCACUGACACAUCCCUGUCAAUAACCCCUGGAUUUAAGCCCGUGGCUCAGAGUAUCUUUGCUUAUCUCAGCUCCCCAAAGCACUUACGUUCCCGGCCAUCAUAACUCCCUGCCUGUAAGCACAGUCAGGCACCAUUAGACCCGGAGCAAACAGCUGCUGCAGCAAAUUCUGCAGCUAAAAGUGCCGUGAAGGUGUUUUCUACCUGCUCUGUUGCAGGUGAGUUCCUGCAGCCCAGCAGGUGAGGGCUCUGUAUCGGGUGGGCUCACAGUGCAGGAAUGUCCUGCAGCAGUGCGUGCCCAUAGCAGUGCGUGCUCACAGAGCUCUCCCAGGCGAGGACAAUGCAAGGAUUUAUUUUUAUGCAGCCCAUUUCAUUUAUCUCUGGCACAUCACAGAGCGACAAUUCACCUCUCGGUGCACCAGCUGCAAAAAGCUCUGCUCCCUCUGCCUGGAAGCACCUCAGAUUGGCCCUUCCCCGAGGCUGGGUGUUUAACAGAGACUUACAGCUCAAUCUGUUUAGCUUAUCGAAAAGUAGCCUGAGAUGUGCUUUGAUUGCAGUGUACAAGCACCUUCCCGGGGAGAAAAGUGCCAGGUAUUAAAAGCCCUUUAACUUUGCUGAGUGAGGAAUAAUGAGAACUGAAGGCUUGGAGAUAAAGUCAGACGAAGGGACACUUGGAACCUGCAGCCAGAGGGGUGCUGGGGGGCCUCUCUGAGGGCAGUGCUGGGCUGGGCAGCUCCAUCCCUCUGCCUGGUGUUGGCAGAAGGUGGGCAGCAGCGGGGCUGGGCUGGUGGCACUGGUGGGCACAGGGGGCAAAGGGCUGAACUUUGCUUUCCAGCACAUCUUAAGCUCCUGUGCUCUGCUGAGCCUGGGAACGCAGAGGUGACCUUUCCUGGGGCAGCCGGAGCGUGAUGAAGGAAAUUUCUGCAACAAGGGAAAUUCCAGCCUGCUGGGAAGUGUGCAUCGUGGUGCAACUCCAACCCAAAAUCAAGCACCUCUCUUCACUCUGAUUGCAGCCCUGUGCCCACCUCUGCAGUGGGGGCAAGAGGGGCUGCAGGCCCUGCUGAGUACCCCAAGGAACCCCAGGAGCUGCUGCAUAAGGGCCAUAGCAGAGCUCAAUUUGCUCCCUGCUGUUCCUGCAUGCCCGGGCUCAGCUGCAGCCAGCAGAGCAUGAAGCAGCUUUGCAGGUGCAAAGGCAAAUCUGUCUGCCCGGCAGCUCCCAGAUUUCAGAGCCAGGGCACAAUGACACAGCUCUGCUCCAGCUGCUGCGGCGCUGCCAGCUUUAUCCCAACCUUCCUCUCCACCUGCCGUCACUGCACCACAGUCAGAGCUGCGCACAGCGCUGCCCUCUUGGCUGCUACUGAAAAAAUGAAAUAAAAGGGAAACUCUCAUCCUGGGCACGUGUUGGACAAAAAGGAACGGGGCAGCUCCAGCCCUGUGCUUGGGAUGCCUUCAUAAAGGGGUAUUUCCAGGGCAGGUCUGCACCUGCGGAUGGUCGGUGCCUCAGCAGAGCAGUGCAGGUGGGUGUGAUGACCACAGAUAACUGCUGGAGUCUGCACAGAUCCGGAGAGGAGCAGAGACACAAAGCAGAGAUAUUGAGUAAUUCCCAAACAACAUUUCAUGCGCUGAAUAUCUGGGCUGUGAUUCUGCUGAGACCUGGCUUUGUAAUUGGAUCUGUCAAAAACCCAUCACACUUAAUGUGCAGCUGUCACCGAGACACGCGUUUUCAUGCUGCACCUCAAGGCUGACGCCGGAUUCCCCCUCUCCUGUCCCCCUUUGUGUGCUGGAUCCAUCAUGGGAGCCUGGAGCUGCCUGGCCAGCAGAGGUUGUGCUGGUGACCCAUUGCAGCUCCUGGUGGCCCCAUCACAUCAUCUCCCCAUAGAGGAAAGCCCAGGGAAACCCCAGCAGUGCACUGGGCUCUGGUCCCAGUAAACCCACCUGAGUUCCACCAGGCAAGGAGCAGGAGAUGCAAUGGGGAUGUUUUGUGUAUUGACACCAUUUAUAAGCUGAUGUAAAUGAGCUUUACAUAUUACUGCUUUCCUUGCUCAUUGUUUGCAGGAGGAGGACAGAAAUGUGCUCCUUCAACCUGUGCUUUGCAGGGCCCAGCCUUGCAGACCCCCGGCUCCCUGCCCACCAUAAAUCAGGGGGAUCCCUGGAAGGUGCUGAGAGUGGGGCCAGAUAUGCUGGGAUGGAGAUGGGGAUGGGGAUGGAGAUGGGGAUGGGGAUGGGAAUGGGAAUGGGAAUGGGGACUGGGAUGGGUGGUGACAGCAAGGCUGUGGUGGUGUCGGUGAGGCGUGGGAGCUGAGCAGCCUGCAGUUGCUGAGCACACGUGUACCUGUGUGUUUUUCACCUGAGUAAUCAAAGUCUUUAUCCAGCGUUUGAUUAAAGGCCACGAAACACA